AAUGUUAUUGGCAUUGGCCAUAAUGCUACCAAUAAUAUAACUGAAAGUUCUAUGGUACAAAUACAAUCUCUAAAUAAUAAAAGUAAAUUUAAAUUAAAUUGCUUCGUUCUUGAUAGACUUACAGGAAGUUUACCACAAUUUUGUGUAAAUUUAAAUUUACCCAAACAGAUUAUGUUAGCGGACCCAACAUUUGACCAACCAGGUCCUAUCGAUAUGUUGAUAGGUGCUGACCUCUUUUGGGACAUUAUACUAUCUGAGCAGACUUCCUUAGGUCCAAACAAACCAAAACUUCGUAAUUCUGUAUUUGGCUGGCUGAUCGGCGGUCCCAUAAAUACAUGUAAAAAUAAUGAUAUUCAUUGUAAUAAUAUAAUUGUCAAUGCACCUUUAUCUAAAGAAUCAAAUGUUGACGCCCUUCUUACUAAAUUCUGGGAACUAGAAGAGCUUCCUCAAAAAACUAUUUUAAAGCCAAUAGAAUAGGUGAAAUCCAAGAAAACACGCAGUCGUCUUCCUGGCGUUAUGUUCCCACUGCAGAGAAUCCUGCCGAUUUAAUUUCACGUGGUGUAAGUGCCGAUCAGCUGUGUCAUACAGACAUGUGGUGGGAAGGGCCCAAAUUUCUGCAAAAGAAAGAAGACGAAUGGCCAGUUUUAAAACAUGAUAAUUUUAAUAAUUUACCUGAGCUUAAAGUGGUUGCUACGUCCGUCAUUGUAAACAAAUCAAUAAUAGAAAUGGAACGGUUUUCAAAUCUUAAUAGACUGCAAAGAUCGGUCGCUUAUGUCAAUCGCUUUAUAUACAAUAUAAAAAACCCCAAUAUCAAAAUAUCAGGCCCAUUAACUGUUGAAGAGUUGAACAAAUCUUUUAACUUUUUAUGCACUAUAUCCCAACAAGAAAGUUUUCCCAUUGAACUUAAAGCGUUAUCAAAUGAAAAAUUUUUGAAUACGAAAUCAAAAAUAUUAUCAUUGUCACCGUUUCUUGAUAACGAUAACUUAAUACGAGUGGGUGGGCGUAUAGACGCUUCAACCUAUCCAUAUAAUAAAAGACAUCCAGUUUUAUUAGAUUCGUCUCAUUAUUUAUGCAAAUUGAUAUUUAGAGCAGAGCACAUUCGCAACAUGCACGCUGGCCCACAACUGCUUCUAGCCACAGUCAGACAAACUGUUUGGCCCAUUAAGGGUAGGUUAUUAGCACGAGCAACUGUACGUAAAUGUGUACGUUGCCGACGAGUUUUAGGAAAGACGUUAUUGCCAAAAAUGGGUGAUCUACCCUCACAAAGAAUUACGCCAGAUUUUCCUUUUACAUCUGUUGGUAUUGACAUGGCUGGACCCUUUAUUACAUUAAAUCGAAAGGGACGAGGAGCUAAAUUAUCUAAGUCUUAUUUAUGUUUAUUUGUAUGUCUACGGUACAAAUGCGUUCAUUUGGAGGCUGUAAGCGACCUCACUAAGGAUGCUUUUAUUAUGACCUUACGUCGGUUUAUAUGUCGUCGCGGCAAGCCAGCGGAAAUAUUUUCCGAUAACGGUCGUAAUUUUGUUGGAGCCGCUAAAGAACUUAAUGGUUUUCUAAAGACUAAUAAUGAAAAAUUAUCUGAGUUUGCAGUUCAGGAAGGCAUUAAAUUUAUUUUUACUCCUUCUUACGCUCCUCAUUUUGGUGGUAUUUGGGAAGCAGGAAUCAAAUCUUCCAAACACCUUAUACGUCGUGUAAUGGGCAAUUCUCAUUUAACCUUCGAGGAACUUUCGACUCUUUUUGCACAAGUGGAAUCUAUAUUGAAUAGUCGUCCAUUGUGUCCCUUAUCCUCUUCCCCAGACGACUUCCUAUUCCUUUCCCCAGGGCACUUUCUGAUUGGAAAACCGCUGAAUGCUUUGCCAUCCCCUUGUCUAGAAGACUAUAAGGAAAGUUGCUUGCGUCGCCAUGCACGUCUUGAGCAAAUAAGACAGCAUUUUUGGCGAAGAUGGCAACAAGAAUACAUCUCUGAAUUACAAGUACGGACCAAAUGGAAACUUGAUACAGCCAAAGUAAAGAUUGGAGAUUUGGUCUUGCUGCGUGAAGAUACUCUUCCUCCGUUAUGCUGGCGUACUGGUCGAGUAACAAAAUUAUAUCCAGGACCUGAUGGAAUCUCUCGUGUCGCAGAUGUAAAUACAAAGACAGGAUGUUACCGGCGACCUCUUGUUCGCCUCUGCCCUCUUCUUGCUGAUGAAGACUAUUAACGAUGGAGACGAUUGAAGAGCGAGUCUUCAACGGGGGAGUUUAUGUUAAUGACAAUUUCGUAAUUGCGUGCUCGGCCUGUUCGAGCAGGCGUUUCCUUUUUUAUUAUUGUCCUACCGUCCACUGUUGUAUUUACGGCACGGUGCCAUCUUGUUUUUCACUUGGAUAGUUGUAACACCAUUCAGAACAUUAUUGUUAACAUUUAUCUCUAAUAAAACGCAUUUUUAUCAACCAGAGUUUAUUCUAAAAUAAAUUUCAUUGUGUCCACGACGAGACAAAUC